UUUCAAACUGUUCAAGGUCGUUUGUCUGUAUAAUGCCUGUCUGUGAGCUUCUUUUGGUUUGUCAAAUUUGAUAACAGAUACUUGUUAGCUGCCGAAUUUACAGGUGAUUUUACAAGUUCGUGACUGUAAUUCCAACAAACAUUGUGUAAAAACUUUCGUAUUUAUUAGUAGAGAAAGCACCUUUAAGAAUUCCCAUUACAUUAGCCAUAUCAAAUUUGUUGUAUUCAGUUUUAUGGAUCUUUUUGAGGAAAGAGAUCGUUUAGACGGGUCUGCAAGGGAAGUUGGCGGCCUCAUCUUGUCUAAGUCAAAGGAGAAUUUCAAACAACCUCGACACUCUUUAUUCGGUCUCGAUAAAUUGGCCGCUAAAAAGCGACAAGAGGCUGAGAAUCUUGAACUGCGGUUCAACAAACACGAUGGCACAAAUAAAGAAAGAUCCUAUAGGGAAAGGCGUGUUGAAACUCCGUCUAAUCGUGGGGGUGUUAGUAAAGAAUACUUUCAUUCUCAAGCAAGAAGGCGUGAACGUGACCAUAAAGAGAGAGUAAAAACUGGUCUAUUUUCUUCAACUUCCAGGAAAUUCGGUGAGAACUAUUCUGAUUCUCAAAAGUCAUCAGGUUUUUCCGGUCAUGAAGCAGUCAGAGAAAAUGAAUCUUUGAGUACACGACGCCGAAGAGAAGAGGAAUGGGAAGAUGAAACGCCUAAUCGUAGUGCUAGAGAAAGUGGAAAUACUAGUGGAUCAAGUACUAAUCGAUUCCAAACUCCAGAAGUUCAUGCAAUCGAUGAACGAUCUCCAGGACAUUCUACUUGGGAUGACUCUGGGUUAGGAACAAGUCGGUCUACAACUCCUCGAAGCACUGGGUCACUUGCUCGCAAUUCAUCAAACGAUCGAUACACGUAUACUCCUAUGCCAACUCCAACUUUUAAGCAUAACUCUUGGAUGCAAUCAAAUAAAGAUGGUACACGAGAAUUCGACUCGAAAAAGUCUCAUUCACACAGGCAUACUGAAGACCAGUUCGAUUCAAAGCAUCGUAAUGAAAAUGAAAGUGAUAAUGGGAGAUGUGGUUCUGCUGAAGUAGAGGAGGAUACAGAUGCAAUAAAAGCUGAGAAUGAGAAACUAGAUCGUAACUGGUAUCAGAUGGAUGAUGGUUAUGAUAAUGAUAACAAUCCUUUUGCUGAUAUUCCGGAGGAAUAUGCUGCUAAAAAGGAACGUCAACUUGAAGAACGUAAAAAACGACACAAACAACGUUUAACUGCUAAAGCUGUUCAAGUUCACAAAGAUAAUCAAGCAUGGGAACAUAAUCGUAUGCUAAGAUCUGGGGUUGUUCAACGUGUAGACUUUGAACAAGAUGAAGACUUUGAUGAAGAAGGAGAGGCAAGAGUUCACUUAUUGGUUCGUAAUAUCUUACCACCAUUUUUGGAUGGACGGAUUGUUUUUACUCGUCAACCUGAGCCUAUUAUUCCUGUUAAAGAUCCGGAUAGUAUAAUGGCUAAGGUUGCUCAGAAAGGCAGUGCAAUAGUGAAAUACUUCAGAGAGCAGAAAGAACGUAAAAGAGCACAAAAAAAGGAAUGGCAAUUGGCUGGGACACGCAUAGGUGAAGUUAUGGGUAUAAAACCACCUGAGGAACAAGAUAGUUGGUCGGAAAAAUCACAUCGUGAUACUCAAACAUUUGCUGAUAAAGUUGGUGACAUGAAAUCUGAGGCUGUUAGCGAUUUUGCUACCAGAAAGACUAUUGUUGAACAGAGACAAUAUUUACCAGUGUUCUCUGUAAGAACAUCUUUGCUUAGAAUGAUCAAAGAACAUCAGAUUGUAGUAAUCGUUGGUGAGACAGGAAGUGGAAAGACAACUCAAUUGACACAAUAUUUACAUGAAGAUGGUUAUACUACCUAUGGUAUGGUUGGAUGUACUCAACCACGUCGAGUUGCUGCCAUGUCUGUUGCUCGGCGAGUUGCUGAAGAAAUGAAUGUUCGUUUAGGUGAAGAAGUUGGUUAUGCUAUAAGAUUUGAAGAUUGUACAUCUCCUUCAACUCUUAUUAAGUAUAUGACUGAUGGAAUUUUGUUACGUGAGUCUUUACGUGAAUCUGAUCUGGACCCAUACUCUGCAAUUAUUAUGGAUGAAGCACAUGAACGGUCUUUAAAUACGGAUGUACUAUUUGGGUUAUUACGAGAGGUUGUCAGUAGACGAAAUGAUCUACGUCUGCUAAUCACUUCUGCUACUAUGGAUGCUGAAAGAUUUGCUCAAUUCUUUGGAGAUUGUCCAAUUUUUAGAAUUCCUGGUCGAACAUUUCCAGUUGAUAUACAGUUUAGUAAGACAACUGUAAUGGACUAUGUAGAUGCAUCUGUAAAACAAGCAAUUCAAGUCCAUUUAGGCUCGCCUACAGAUGGUGAUAUUCUAAUCUUUAUGCCUGGUCAGGAGGAUAUUGAAGUUACAUGUGAGCUUAUCGCAGAACGUUUAAGUAAUUUGGACGAAGCACCUCCAUUGUCAAUUCUGCCUAUUUAUUCUCAGUUACCAAGUGAUCUUCAAGCAAAGAUAUUUAUGAAAGCUGAAAAUGGUGUUAGAAAGUGUGUUGUAGCUACAAAUAUUGCUGAAACCUCAUUAACUGUUGAUGGUAUUCGUUAUGUAAUUGAUUGUGGUUAUUGUAAACUGAAAGUUUUCAAUCCUAAAAUUGGUAUGGAUGCACUUCAAAUUUUUCCAAUCAGUCAAGCUAAUGCUAAUCAACGAGCUGGUCGUGCUGGUAGAACUGGGCCAGGAGUAUGUUAUCGACUCUACACAAUUAGUCAAUAUCAAGAAGAAAUGUUGAUCACUUCCAUUCCAGAGAUUCAACGGACAAAUCUAGCCAAUGUUGUUCUCUUAUUAAAAUCUUUAGGUGUACAAGAUUUAAUGCGAUUUCAUUUUAUGGAUGCUCCUCCACAGGACAAUAUGCUAAACUCUAUGUAUCAACUUUGGAUUUUUGGUGCACUUGAUAAUACUGGUAGUCUAACAAAUUUAGGUCGUCAAAUGGUUGAAUUUCCAUUAGAUCCAGCUUUAUCUAAACUAUUAAUUAUAUCAUGUGAUAUGAAUUGUUCAGAGGAGAUAUUAACUAUUGUAUCAAUGUUAUCUGUACCAAGUGUAUUCUAUAGACCAAAAGGUCGUGAAGAAGAGUCAGAUAAUGCUAGAGAAAAAUUUCAAGUACCUGAAUCAGAUCAUUUAACAUUAUUGAAUGUUUUUACUCAAUGGCGUAAAUCAAGUUAUUCAUCAGUAUUUUGUGCUAAACACUUUUUACAUUUAAAAGCUAUGCGUAAAGUUCGUGAAGUACGCCAACAAAUGAAAGAGAUAAUGGAACAGCAUAAUAUGAAUUUAGAGUCGAUUGGCAGUGAUUGGGAUGUUGUACGUGAGUGUUUAUGUGCAACAUUUUUCCAUCAAGCUGCACGCAUCAAGGGUUUAGGUGAAUAUGUGAAUCUACGCACUGGUAUGCCUUGUCAUCUUCAUCCAACUAGUGCUCUUUAUGGAAUGGGUUAUACUCCAGACUAUGUGAUUUAUCAUGAAUUAGUGAUGACAACCAAAGAGUAUAUGCAAUGUGUUACAUCUGUGGAUGGUAAUUGGCUAGCUAAAGUUGGUCCAAUGUUCUACAGUGUAAAAGAUCCUAACCUUACUCGACUUGAAAGAAAGCGUCAAGCUGAAGAACAACUUAUAGAAAUGGAAAAAGAAAUGCGUACAGCUGAAGAACAAUUAUCUCGUCGACGUGAAGAACUAUCUGCAUCAAUUGGCUCAAUUCGUUUACGACCGAUAGUAACACCUGGUAUGCGAACUCCUGGUACUCCUUUGAUUUCUAAACGUCCUGGCAGCCGACUUGGUCUAUGAUUUUUUUUAUCUUCUAGAACAUUUCUUGUAAUUAUUAAUAUCAGUGUAUAUUCAACUUUGUAAAGUACUCGAGAUAUAAUACAGUUUACUUUCAAAAUAAAUGUUUUAUAUUAUUUUAACUUCUUUUAUAUGCUUUACUAUGUUAUCUGGAUGUGUUUUAAAUGCACUGUGUUAUGCUUGAUGGCUGAAUCUUGACGACAAUGACAUUUGUUUAUCUAACUUGUUAUUGAUAUCCAGUACAUAAUUCAGACUGAUAACCCUGAAUUUCUUAAGUUUACUUCAACAAGGUUACAAUACUUUGUUUUGGGAUGUACAUUGUUUAUCCAACAUAUCACGAAAGUGUUUCAUGAAUUUAUAGGUGCUUCUGGAUAUGACAUAGAAUUGGAGUAGUUUUCAUGACUUUAAUCAUCGACAAAACAAUAAGAAGACGUAAAUUGUCUGAACCGUGUAAUGUAUUUGCGCAACACAUUUCGAACUAUCUGAUCACACACGUACUUGUCAUAGGUAUUUAUAUAAAAACUCAUGAAGAUAAGGGGAAAAAAAAGGGUCAGGUAGGAAGGCUGACUUAAAGGCCGAAUAACAAUG